GCGUGAGGAGACGUUUAAAGAUGGCGGCGUCCGCGCGAAGGCGGCUUCGCUGAGGUAAAAAAGCCGCGGCUGAGGAGGGGAGAAGGCGGCCGCUUUCCCUCCCUCACGCCGGCUGGGAGCUAGGCGGACGCGGAAGAGACCCUGAGGAGCAGCUGAGAUCGGGCGGGCAUGGCUCAGGCUGAAAGAAGUCGAGAAGAUCUACAACAGCCAAUGGAAGAAGCUCUUAGCUCGGACAUCAGCUAUUUAAGUUGAAUGCAUUGUGAUUUCCAGUAAUUGAGACAGUGAUUCUGAAAGCUGUCCACAUUAAUGAAAAGAGCAAUGUAGUCAGCUUAACUGAAUCAUCAGUGUUGCCUUUUGACUAAAGCACGACCAAUCCUCUCUGGAGGGACUUCUGCAUGUGAGGAUCAUAGAUUCCUACAACCCUUUCGUUUAAAACUUGAUGGGUUUAUUUUAUUUCCCCCCUUCCCCUUUGGGUAAGUUUUAGCAAUGGAGAAUUGUGAAAACACACCUCCCCUUCCAAAAGAGCCAGCCAGCAAUGAAAUGAACAUGGAGAACCCUUCUUGUCCCCCACCACUGCCACCCAACGAACAGCCUCCACCACCUCCCCUGCAAACGUCCAGUGACGCAGAGGUAAUGGACGUUAGCUUCGGUGGUGAUGGACAGUCAGAUACCCCUGCUGGGGACGCCCACGCUGGCAAUGGGAUUCAGCUUCUCACCAAGGGAUCUCCGUGCUACCAAAGUCAUCUUAUCAUAGAUCCUCAUAGCAACCAAAGCCCAAGAACUGCUCGCCAUGCACCCUCGGUUAGGAAGUUCAUUCCCGAUCUUAAGUUGCUUAAGGAUGUAAAGAUUAGCGUUAACUUUACAGAGAGCUGCAGAAGUAAAGACAGAAAAGUGCUAUACACUGGAGCUGAGCCAGAUUAUGAGGCAGGGGCAGAUGUAGGGAUUCGCGGUGUCAAUGGGGAUGUGCAUGCUUGCCCUCUCGGUGGGGGUAGUGGCGGCCCGGCAGCUCAGGUAGCCGGCAAAAAGGAGGAGACCAAGGAUGAGGACAACGAGGUAGAUCAGGAAAAGCGAGUGGAAUAUGCAGUGUUGGAUGAUUUAGAAGAGUUUACAGACAAUUUGAUGGAAAUAGAUGAAGAAGGAGGGUUUGCAUCUAAGGCGAUCGUUCAGCAGGACAAAGUGGACGAAGAAACCUUGCACUAUUCUUACGAGGAUGAAUUUGAUAAUGAUGUGGACGCUUUGCUGGAAGAGGGACUUUGCGUUCCCAAAAAAAGGAGGAUGGAUGAGAAAUAUGGAGGGGAAAGCGACCAUCAGUCUGAUGGAGAAACCACUGUGCAGCCCAUGAUGACCAAAAUAAAAACUGUUCUUAAAAGUCGUGGUCGCCCUCCUACAGAACCAUUGCCUGAUGGAUGGAUCAUGACAUUCCACAACUCGGGCAUCCCAGUGUACCUACACAGAGAGUCUCGUGUGGUCACCUGGUCCAGACCUUAUUUCUUGGGAACGGGAAGCAUCCGAAAACAUGACCCUCCUCUGAGUAGCAUUCCUUGUUUGCAUUACAAAAAAAUGAGAGAAAACGAGGAAAGGGAACAAAGCAAUGACAUCACCCCAAACGGGGAAGUUUCACCCGUAAAGCUGAUGGACAAAUCCCUUGAACUGGAUUGUCAAACAGAGGAGCCGGACUCUACUGCAGCCGAUUCCGGAACGUUGGAUGAGAAAGAUCCAUCUGGGGGAGAUGCAGCCCAAGGAGCUUUGGGACAAGUGAAGGCCAAAGUUGAAGUGUGUAAAGAUGAAUCAGUAGAUAUUGAGGAUUUCCGACACUACCUGGAGAAAUGCUUCGAUUUCGAGCAAGUCACGGUGAAGAAGUUCCGAACGUGGGCGGAGAGGCGGCAGUUCAACCGGGAGAUGAAGAGGAAGCAAGCGGAAUCAGAGAGGCCAAUUUUGCCAGCCAAUCAGAAACUCAUUACAUUGUCUGUCCAAGAUGCGCCCACAAAGAAAGAGUUUGUUAUUAAUCCCAAUGGGAAGUCUGAAGUUUGUAUCCUUCAUGAAUAUAUGCAACGAGUGCUGAAAGUACGGCCUGUUUACAAUUUCUUUGAAUGUGAGAACCCAAGUGAGCCUUUUGGAGCAUCAGUUAUUAUUGAUGGAGUGACUUACGGGGCAGGGACUGCCAGUAGCAAAAAGCUUGCCAAGAAUAAAGCUGCACGAGCUACUCUGGAAAUCCUCAUCCCUGAUUUUGUGAAGCAAACCUCUGAGGAGAAGCCCAAAGAUAGUGAGGAAUUAGAGUAUUUUAACCAUAUCAGUAUCGAGGAUUCGCGGGUAUACGAACUGACCAGUAAAGCUGGACUCCUGUCUCCGUAUCAGAUUCUUCAUGAGUGCCUUAAAAGAAAUCAUGGCAUGGGUGAUACAUCCAUAAAAUUUGAAGUGAUUCCUGGCAAAAAUCAGAAGAGUGAAUAUGUUAUGACUUGUGGGAAGCAUACUGUGCGGGGGUGGUGUAAGAACAAAAGAGUUGGAAAACAACUGGCUUCCCAGAAAAUCCUUCAGCUGCUUCACCCACAUGUGAAAAACUGGGGGUCUUUAUUGCGUAUGUACGGCAGAGAAAGCAGUAAGAUGGUUAAGCAGGAAACAUCUGACAAAAGUGUGAUAGAGCUUCAGCAGUAUGCCAAAAAGAACAAGCCUAAUCUGCACAUUCUAAACAAGUUACAAGAGGAAAUGAGAAAAUUGGCACAAGAAAGGGAGGAAACACGAAAGAAACCCAAGAUGACAAUUGUAGAAUCCGCUCAGCCCGGCAGUGAGCCUCUUUGUACUGUGGAUGUGUAAUGAGAAAAAUUUAGGAAUUGGAGCAAUAAAGCAAGUGGCGAAAGUUAGGAAUGGUUUUCAUGUUUUACUUUGUCAACAGUUUGAAGGAGAAAUUGGCUUACUUCGGGGAGAACAACCUAGCCGUCAAAGCUGCUUCAAACGUGCAUUGUGUGUUUGCAUCAGGGUGAUCAGGCUAAGUUUUGUGUGUGCUUUCCCAAGAUGUUAUUCACGAGGGCAAAAAUCUACCCAGCUAUGCAUUUGAAGAGAAGUAGAAUGGUUCACCUGAGCAAAGUCACUCCCCAUCGUUUCCAAAAAUUAAUGUCUGUUGCCUUUGAUGGAGAUGCUUAAGGAUUAAAUGCAGGAUGUUCAUUUAAAGAGUGGAACAAAUGUGUAACCCAGGAGCACAGCUCGUCCCUGCUUUUAGGGACAAUACAGGUGCUUGUUUUCUGAAAGGGGUUUCUUGUAUUUAAACAUUGAUUGCAUCCUUUGAACAGCUAGCUUGAAGGAAAGACACAAAAAUGUGUGUUGCUUUAUGCCCUGCUGAGGUUAGGCCAGUAGGAUUGCUUCUCAGUGAAUUUUUUUGCAGACUUGGGAUUUUUAGCAUGGAUGCAAUGAUUAUCAGAGAAAAACUAAUUGCAAACAGCUCCGAGGUUUCCAUUUUUUCAAUUGUUCUGUUUAAAACAAAGACGAACAUAGGAAGCUGAGAUUGAAAGAUACAUUUUGGUUUCUCUUAAGAUGUAAACAGCAAAACUUUAGGUGAGCCAAGCAUCACUGCUCUGCAACUUUUCUUCACGCUAGUAGGGCUAGUGUGGAGAAACAUCAUCAUGCUUUCUUACAGUUCUUACCAGAUUAACCAUAAAUGUAGCAGCUGUGUUGGGUAAGGUUGCAUAUUCUAUCGUGUCAGUUAAAAUUGCAACGCUUAACAUUUAUUCCCCGUCAGGAAAAAUCACUGGAUUCUUUUCAAGUUGAGGGUUUUUUUUAAAAAAAAAUGUGACUGCUUUUUUUGUUUUUAUUGCCUGUUUAGUACUUGCAAAUCUGGCUUUGGGAACUAUUUGAAUGUAAAAUGAAAUACAUCAGAGAUGUAUCUUCAAAAAGACCGAAGUAAAUUUCUAUUGUUGAAGUAAAGAAUAUGAAGAUGUAAAUGUUUUCUGCUUAAGACAAACCCUGUUGGUUUGUGGUUAAAGAAGGUUUGAAAAGCAAAAAAACU